AUGGCCACCGCUGCUCCGCGGAUCGGCGAUACCAAAGUCCCCAUGUCAUUGCUUGAGAAGGGCGCUUAUAUCAACUACCAGCGUAUUGAGGACAACUUGGCAAUCGUCCGCGAUAGACUGAACCGUCCCUUGACUCUAUCUGAGAAAAUUCUCUACGGACAUCUUGACGACCCUCACGGGCAGGACAUUGAGCGAGGAACGAGCUAUCUCAAGCUCAGGCCUGACCGAGUCGCUUGCCAAGAUGCGACGGCACAGAUGGCGCUUCUUCAAUUCAUGUCGGCUGGUAUGGAUACCGCCGCAGUUCCCACCACUGUCCACUGCGACCACUUGAUUGAGGCGCAAAUUGGUGGUGUCAAGGACUUGGCUCGCGCUAUUUCAAUCAACAAGGAGGUUUAUGACUUUUUGGCAACAGCCACUGCUAAGUAUGGCCUCGGUUUCUGGAAACCUGGCUCGGGUAUUAUCCAUCAAAUUAUUCUGGAAAACUAUGCAUUCCCUGGUGGUCUUAUGAUCGGCACUGACUCGCAUACCCCCAAUGCUGGAGGGCUCGGUAUGAUUGCUUGUGGUGUUGGUGGUGCGGAUGCUGUGGACGUUAUGGCUGGCAUUCCUUGGGAACUCAAGUGCCCCAAGGUCAUCGGUGUCAAUUUGACUGGCAAAAUCAGUGGAUGGACUACUCCCAAGGACGUCAUUCUUAAGGUCGCUGGUAUCCUCACAGUAAAGGGCGGGACUGGUGCUAUUGUCGAGUACAAGGGCCCUGGUGUCGAAUCUCUCUCUUGCACUGGUAUGGCUACGAUUUGCAACAUGGGCGCUGAAAUCGGUGCAACCACAUCCAUGUUCCCCUUCAACCAUCGCAUGGUCGACUACCUCAAUGCUACUAAACGCGGGGAUAUUGCCAACUAUGCUAAGCAGUUCGCCCACAACCUGAAAGCUGAUGAGGGUGCGGAAUACGACCAGGUCAUCGAGAUUAACCUUUCGGAACUUGAGCCCCACAUCAACGGCCCCUUCACACCAGAUUUGGCUACCCCCAUCUCCAAAUUCGCCGAGGAGGCCAAGAAGAACAACUGGCCUGAAGAGAUCAAGGUCGGCCUUAUCGGCUCCUGCACCAACUCGUCCUAUGAGGAUAUGUCACGUUCGGCAUCUAUCGUCAAGCAAGCUGCUGAUCACGGUAUUCACCUCAAGAGCAAGUUUACUAUUACACCCGGUUCUGAGCAGGUUCGCGCUACCAUUGCACGAGAUGGACAAAUAGAAGCCUUCGAAAGUGUCGGUGGACUUGUUCUCGCCAACGCCUGCGGUCCUUGUAUUGGUCAAUGGGACAGGCAAGACGUUAAGAAGGGCGAGCCUAACACCAUUAUCACCUCGUACAACCGUAACUUCACCGGACGUAACGACGCCAACCCUGCUACGCAUGCCUUUGUCGCUUCUCCCGACAUUGUCACCGCCAUGUCUUUCGCUGGACGUGUCUCUUUCAACCCCUUAACUGACUCUCUUAUCGGAUCUGAUGGCAAGCCGUUCAAGUUCUCUGACCCCGCCGGUCAUGAGCUCCCUCCCCGUGGAUAUGACCCUGGAGAAGAUACCUUCCAGCCCCCUCCUGCUGAUCGCGCCAGCGUCAACGUCGCUGUUGACCCUAAGAGUGACCGUCUCCAACUCCUCGAACCCUUCCUCCCUUGGGACGGCAAGACCCCCACCGACCUCCCUAUUCUGAUUAAGGUUAGCGGCAAAUGCACGACUGAUCACAUCUCCGCUGGUGGCCCUUGGUUGAAGUACCGUGGCCAUCUCCAGAACAUCUCACAAAACUGCCUGAUCGGUGCCAUCAAUGCGGAGAACAACGAGGCCAACAAGGUCAAGAACCAGUUCACUGGCGAAUACGGAGGUGUCCCACAAGUUGGUGCUGCUUACCGUGAUAACGGUGUUAAGUGGGUUGUUAUUGGCGACCACAACUACGGUGAAGGUUCAUCCCGUGAACAUGCUGCUCUCGAGCCUCGUUAUCUCGGUGGCCUCGCCAUCAUUGUCCGUUCAUUUGCCCGUAUUCACGAGACCAACCUCAAGAAGCAGGGUAUGCUCGCCCUCACCUUUGUUGACCCCGCCGAUUACGACAAGAUCCGUCCUUCUGACCGCGUUGACAUUCUGGGUUUGGAGAGCUUCGCUCCAGGAAAGAACCUCACCCUUGUUGCCAAGCAUGAGGAUGGUUCCAAGACGGAAAUUCCUUUGGCCCACUCUUUCAACGAGGGACAGAUCGCCUGGUUCAAAGCCGGAUCUGCUCUUAAUUUGAUGGCUGCCAAAGCCAAGGCUGCGGCCCAACAAUAGAGGAUUUCGAUCGAUUGAUUGCCCCAGGCUAUAAUCAAGACUGCUCAAGAGCAGAGGGUCUUGCAAAAUACCGUACUUCUUCUACGAACAGCGCCAAUGACCGCGCUCUCUCUCAUUCGCCCCUCUCUCUCUUCCUUUGUCACUGUCAUACUCCGUUCUCUUCGCUCUCGAUGUUUUGUAUGUUUAGUCACCUCCAUACCUUAUAGAUGGAUGGGAGCCAUGCGUACUGUAGGAUUGACCAUGCAAAAUAAAAUACUUUGCGGACCUCUGCGUCUCAAUGCUUGC